AUAAUAAUAUCUUCAACUUUGUGAGCUCUUGACAUCUGUGAUUUGUAUGCCAAGCGGCGAGAAAAGUGGUCACCCCUACCUCUAUGGAUAGAGAAGACCAUAAACCAUGUUUGGAAUCACCAUUGAUUCAAGUGUCUCAAGAAGCUCUGCCUGGAUCAAGAAAUAGAGCAAAAAGAGAGGAGAUCUUGGGUGAAGUGAAGAAACAGUUGAAGCUAGCAGGGCCUUUGAUGUCAGUCAAUCUCCUAAUAUGUAGCUUACAGAUGAUCUCACUAAUGUUUGUGGGUCAUCUGGGAGAGCUAGCUCUCUCUGGUGCUUCCAUGGCCACUUCCUUUGCAUCAGUCACUGGCUUCAGCUUGCUGUUAGGAAUGGGAAGCGCAUUAGAUACCUUCUGCGGUCAGUCAUUUGGAGCAAAACAAUAUCAUAUGCUUGGUAUACAUAAGCAAAGAGCCAUGGUUGUGCUUCUAUUGGUUAGCAUUCCUGUUGCUUUUAUUUGGAGCAAUACAGGCUAUAUUCUUGCAUCAUUGGGACAAGAUCCAGAAAUAUCAGCUGAAGCCGGACUUUAUGCUCGCUUUAUGAUACCUAGCAUUUUCGCUUUUGCACUUCUACAAUGUCAUAUUAGAUUCUUACAAGCUCAAAACAAUGUAGUUCCCAUGAUGAUAACCACAGGAUUCACAACUCUACUCCAUAUCCUCACUUGUUGGAUACUAGUCUUCAAAUCAGGGCUUCGAAACAAAGGGGCUGCACUUGCAAAUGCCAUAUCUUGUUGGAUGAAUGUCUUGUUGUUAGCGAUUUAUGUCAGGAUCUCCCCUUCUUGCAAGAAAACUUGGACGGGUUUUUCAAGGGAAGCACUGCAUGAUGUGCCAAAGUUUCUGAGACUAGCAAUUCCUUCGGCUGUGAUGAUAUGCUUGGAAAUCUGGUCAUUUGAAAUGAUGGUAUUGUUAUCUGGUCUUCUUCCUAAUCCAAAGCUUGAGACAUCAGCUCUAUCAAUCAGCCUUAACAUAUGUUCAGUAAUUUACAUGAUACCCCUUGGACUUAGUGGCGCAAUAAGUGUAAGAGUUUCAAACGAAUUAGGGGCUGGACGACCACAAUCAGCACGUUUAGCAAUAUAUGUUGUGUUAUUCAUGGUCACUAUAGAAGGCGUUCUGGUAGCCACAAUCCUGAUCUCAGGGCAUAAAUUUUGGGGCUAUUCUUACAGUAAUGAAGAAAAAGUAGUGAAAUAUGUUGGAGAAAUUAUGGUGUUGGUUGCAGUAUCCCACUUUUGGGAUGGUAUUCAAUCGGUGCUUUCAGGCAUGUUUAGAGGAAGUGGCAAGCAAAAGAUUGGCGCUUUGAUUAACCUAGGAGCUUAUUAUCUUGUUGGAAUUCCAUUUGGUGCAUUAUUAGCUUUUGUGUAUCACAUUGGAGGAAAGGGGCUCUGGACAGGAAUUAUAGUUUCACUGUUCAUGCAGGCAGUAUCCCUUGCAAUCAUAAUUUUUUGCACUAAUUGGGAGAGAGAAGCAAAGAAGGCUACUGAUAGAGUUCAUCAUGACUCAAUAGUCCUGUGAAUGUAGCAUCAUCAAGUUCACAUUGAAGUAAUAUUGUUUUUCUAACUAGAUCCAUAAAACUCAUGCCCAGUCGUAUAUUCCGUUUCAAUAAAGCAUUUUGAAAAGUAAGGAAUAUAUGAUUUAGUAAUAGUCCAAGCAUCUAGUGAUAAACCCCAACCGAUAUUAAAAUUAAAGGUGACGGAUAGUACAAAUUAAAUUGCUUUCAAUUAAGGACCCACUGGUUCUAGUUUUGUGUGGUUGUAA